AUGUUACGGAACAAGGCCCUGGCUGUGCUGCAGAAAACCUACGAUGAUAGCUACCUGAGUUGUUCGACUGCCGUCUACUAUGAAAGCCAGGGAAGUGAGGCCGAGGCCAUGCGGCACUGGAGGAGUGCCCUCGACCAGAUCUACGAUUAUUAUGCGAACCGAGCACCUCCAUCAUAUAGCGUGCGCACCGAUACCGAGAAAGCGCUGCAGGACGCCCUGAGAGAGUUGGAACUGCAAUGCAAGGAGCGGAUCGAUCUUCUUGAGGCGCUGCGUGUAUCGCGGCAAGAAGAGACACUAUCACCACCUCCGCCCAGUGGCAAGUUGAUCAAACGACCUAGCCUUCCAGACAACGACAGAGGCCGGGGAUCCAUAGGACAAGGCACGAUACCCGCUGUACAAUACUCUGAACUAUCGCGACCGUCACUUCCACAUCGUCCAUCGCAACCCCGACGCACUUCAUCGGAGCAGGCUAUCGUGGAUGGACCCAGCGCAUAUCUCGACCCAAACGCAUCCUCGUCAUCGCUGCCAAGAUCAUCGUCGCCCAACGCCCCGAAUCUACCCCCAAGGCCGAAUAAGACAUUGCGAUCACCAAGUCCCGAAAAGCAUACCAUGAGAACCACCCUGCGUUCGGGAAGGCCAGGCGACAGGCCCAUCAAAACUCGCAAAACCCCAAGGCCUGUGGCUGAAGGGCCAAGCAAGGCUGCGACUUUGGCAUGGAGCGCCCUCGGUUCCAAGGACAGACUUCUAAGGAGUAGUCAGCCUGAGGCAGGUCCAGCGACUCCAAGCCCAAGCUCUCGCGCUUCCUUGGAACAAGUUCGCAGGCCAGCCCCAGUGCAAUGGGACAGUCAUUCAAGAAGGCUAGUGGUACCCAGGGAGAAUGAUUUCAAUGGGGAGUCUUCGAGCUCCACGCGUCAUUCUGACGAGUACUGCUAUGCACGUCCAUCCAUGUUGUCCGUUACUGCGGCAUCAAGUGCUCUCAAUUCACUAUCCUAUCAGGAUCUGCCCUCCCCAGACAACUACACAAGUCGGUCCGAACGAUUUACGAGCAGCCGAGACAAUAUCGGGGUGUCGUCAUCACCCCGUAAAGUGUCUAAACACGAGGUGGCAAACGGCGUUGAAACCGCUGACGAUUCCGGAGAGACAUCGGAGAGAAGAAGUGUCUCGGAUGCAUAUCCGAGUAGAAGUCCAGCACCGAAGAGAUCCGGGAGGGCUUUGAAACCGCCAAAACCAAACCCAGAGAAAAGGGAACGAUCACGACGACGUGAGCGGAAAACGCGGCAUGUCUCGACGUCGAGCGCGUCGGCGGAUGACACAGGUCGAUCCGUCUCAAGGUCAAGACGCGCAAAGGCAAAAGAGACAGCCACUGAGACGGAUACCCAAGAAGGCUCCUCAGAUGGGGCUCAAUCUGGGAAAAGCUCCGACGAGAUGACGGAGUGGAAAAAGAAGAAGACAAAGAUUUUGAAGAAUCUGCCUCCUGGCGUUGACGAGGACGCAGCCAAACAAAUUCUCAACGACAUCGUUGUGCAGGGAGAUGAAGUCCAUUGGAGUGAUGUGGCCGGUCUGGAAAUAGCGAAAAAUGCUCUUCGCGAGACAGUUGUAUACCCGUUCUUGAGACCAGAUCUUUUCAUGGGACUUCGAGAACCGGCAAGGGGCAUGCUGCUAUUCGGGCCACCAGGAACUGGAAAGACGAUGCUUGCCAGGGCUGUUGCAACUGAGUCUAAGUCGACAUUCUUCUCGAUUUCUGCUAGCAGUUUGACGAGCAAAUAUCUGGGAGAGUCUGAAAAGCUUGUACGAGCUCUCUUCGGGCUCGCUCGGACCUUGGCGCCCAGCAUCAUCUUCGUUGACGAGAUUGACUCGCUCUUAUCUCAGCGAACAGGAUCCGGAGAGCAUGAGGCCACUACGAGAAUUAAGACCGAGUUUCUCAUCCAGUGGAGCGACCUACAGCGAGCAGCUGCGGGUAGAGAGACCAGUGACAAAGAAAAGGAAAAGGGGGAUGCCAACCGGGUUUUGGUGCUGGCUGCAACCAACCUGCCGUGGGCUAUUGACGAAGCAGCUCGAAGACGAUUUGUUAGACGCCAGUACAUCCCCCUCCCCGAGCCAACAACUCGGGAGACACAACUCAGAACGCUCUUGGGCGAACAAAAACAUGACUUGUCGAAUGAGGAUAUCCUCAAACUCGUAGACCUAACAGAUGGCUUCUCGGGUUCAGACAUUACCGCACUAGCCAAGGACGCAGCCAUGGGACCUCUACGAUCUCUGGGAGAGGCCUUGUUGCACAUGACGAUGGAUGAGAUUCGGCCAAUACAGCUGAUCGAUUUUGAGGCGAGUUUAUCGACAAUCCGCCCCAGCGUUAGUAAGGCCGGAUUAAAAGAGUAUGAAGAUUGGGCAAGAGAGUUUGGAGAACGGGGUGGUUGA